AUUUGAUAAUUCAAUUCCAAUCAUUCCGAUUGAGAAUUCCAGUCCAGUAGGAGCAAAACCACACUAUCUCUUUCAUAUUAACAUCUAUAUUUGAUACAGUUUUGCUUCAAUUCGUGGUAGUUACGGGAAAUUUUGGUAUAUCCACCAAGUGGAAAUGCCGUCACUUGAUGAAUUGUGGUCAUACGGUUUGGUCGCGGGAACAUUUUCAUACUCCGGCAGAAAUGAGGAACUGUUAUGUACAAGAUGUUUUUAUAUUCACGAUUCUUCUUCACAUAUGCACUGGUUUUGAUUUUAAUCUAUGUGGAUACUUUGUAACUGGUGGAUGGUGCGACACGGCAUGUAGAUACGAAGCACAACACGCUUGGCGUAUUCCUUUGUGCAUGCACAGUGGUGCACGAGGGCCGAAAUGCUGCAUUCCACCCGAUCACAGACUUGUGCAAGGAAGGGAUCCUCCAACUACAGUUUCCACAACUGUUGCCGCCAUAUUACCACAAGAAACGGAAACACCAGAAAUAUCAUGUGGUCGCGCGAGAUCUCAUUCACGUGUUCGACGCGUGAUUGGUGGAAAUCGUGCACCAGCUGGUACCUGGCCAUGGCAAGCAGCCCUGAGACUGUAUACUGGCCAGUAUGUGUGUGGAGGUGUUAUUAUUUCUGACAGUUGGGUACUAACUGCUGCCCACUGUGUUCAACCACCGCAUGAUGACCUGAACCUCCUCAGAGUGUAUGUUGGUGACCAAACAUUGUCGUAUGGCCGGCACGGAAGAGAGAAUUCGAAAACAAUCCGAAGAAUUAUACGACACGACAAUUUCGAGCAGAAUGUAGAAUUUACAGUGACGGAUCCGCAGACAGGGGACACAACCGUGAUUAGACGUCAUUUACAUGAUAUUGCUCUCAUACAGUUAAAUGACAGCUUGACGUUUUCCGACAACCUCCGCUCUAUUUGUUUACCGGAUAUGUCUGACGACCUGUCGGAUCUACAUGACGAAUCAGCAUGCUGGGUAGCUGGCUGGGGACAGAAUCAUGGUAAAGAAAUGAUAUUUUUUCCAUGA